CACGGCUGUCCAGAACUUCUUUCCAAAACCCCAACUUCUUCAUUCUUCAAUCUCAUCAUCUUAAUUUUCCUUCUUUCGCUGACUCGCUAACAUAAUCAUCUGUCGUGGUUCAUUCUCGUGGGCACGAGAUUGUGUGUCAAUUGCCACUGUGAAGCUUUCAUCAGGUGAAUAUCUGAUGAUGUCAACCACGGACCAACUCUGACUUUUCCACCGCGACCCCUGCCAGCAACAACGAACACUAUAUUAUUUUCUAUCUUUUCCACUGUCCAGAGUUCGACGUAGCUGACGUCACUGACGAACACAAUCUCUAUACAUUGUGGGACACAUCUUAUACCAACCAUGAGCGACACUCCCAACUCCGGCAGGGAUACUACCCAGGACAUCCAGGAAGCCAAAAUCCUGUCCAAGCAUCUUGAUCCAAGUUACCAUGCCGACUUUGAUGGGACCCUAGUGGCAGAGGAAAACAGCGGAGAAUCUUCGAACUCUGUAGACCAGGCUACAGCCGAGUCGUCGUUGCGACUGCUGGGCGGAGAUGUCCACAGAGACCUGUACAAGAUCAAUGCAAGGUCCAAGCGUGCCAAACUGCAUCAACGAGCGGCGACCUUUUCCCACCCAUCCGAUUUUGUAGAACCUGACCACGAUGGACCAGCUGUUCACGAGCAACUAGUUCCAGGAGGUUUCAGGAGGCAAUUCCUUGAGCGACAAAGCAGGCGUGUUAGUUACAUUGCUGCUCCAGUCACCCGCAACUUUGUCUCUUUCCUCGAUCUCUACGGGAGCUUCGCAGGAGAAGACUUGGCGGAAACGGACGACGAAGAUGCCAUUGAAGAUGAAGAAGAUGAAGAGGCUGGCGAGAGGAGGCCGCUGCUCCCAAGACGCAGGAGCACUAAGAGACUCCGAGGCCAAGGCGACGCGUCAAAUGUGAAGACAUUCUUCACCUUACUAAAGGCUUUCAUUGGUACUGGCAUCAUGUUUCUUCCGAAAGCUUUCAAAAACGGCGGAAUACUAUUCUCCUCGAUCACUCUCCUGGUCGUAUCAAUUGUCACCUCGCUAUGCUUUCACCUCCUGCUACAAUGCCGCAGCCAGUAUGGUGGUGGUUACGGUGAAUUGGGCGAAGCAAUUGGUGGCAGGAGACUGCGCUCCCUGAUUCUCAUAUCCAUCACCAUCUCGCAGAUUGGUUUUGUUUGUGCUGGCUUAAUCUUCACGGCUGACAACUUCUUCUCUUUCUUGGCGGCUGUCUCUAAGAGCUCAAUGCCUGUUUCGGUCAAUGCACUCAUCGGUAUUCAACUUGUCGCUCUUGUUCCACUCUCGUUCAUACGGAAUAUAUCGAAACUUGGACCCGCCGCUCUCCUCGCUGACGUCUUCAUUCUUAUUGGACUCACAUACAUCUAUUGGUACGAUAUCAGCGCCAUUAUCUCUAUGGGAGGAUUCAACCCAACUAUCGAGUUGUUCAAUCCUCGGGACUUUACCCUGACUGUUGGUUCUGCAAUCUUUACCUUCGAGGGAAUUGGUCUCAUUCUCCCCAUCCAAUCGAGCAUGAAACACCCGGAACACUUCCGUAAGCUCCUAUUCAUUGUCAUGGUCAUCAUUACGAUUAUCUUUACUUCCGUCGGUUUCCUAUGCUAUGGCACCUUUGGAGAUCGCGUUAGUGUUGAGAUUAUCAACAACUAUCCCCAAAGCAGCAAACUCGUCAACGCAGUGCAGUUCCUAUAUGCACUGGCGGUGAUGGUCGGAGAACCCGUGCAGCUCUUCCCAGCUCUCCGCAUUAUCGAAAACAAAAUCUUCGGCCAUCGCUCCGGGAAAGCCGACACCCUUACCAAGUGGAAGAAGAACCUGUUCCGCACUUCGAUGGUGUUGGUCUGUGGCUUGAUCUCUGCCGUUGGUGCUACCAACCUCGACAAGUUCGUAGCAUUGAUAGGAAGUUUCGCCUGCGUGCCGUUGGUGUACAUCUACCCUGCUUACCUACACUACAAGGGUGUAGCUACUAAUUCCGCUGCAAAGGCUGGCGAUAUUGCGAUGAUGGUAGUUGGCGUCGUAGCAAUGGUGUACACAACCUGUAUCACCAUCGCUCGUUGGGCAGAGACUUGAAGAGAAGAAUUACGGAAUGUCGGAAGUUUGAAGAUCAGAGAUUGGUAAAAAGCAACAAGUGAAUUAUCUUGAUUACAAUGCAUACAUAGCAAAUGGAGUUUCGGGGGGGUUGGUUUCUUGCAUAUAAUCACGGGCAAUAAAAGGGUUGUUGUUUGAACCUGUUAGUCAUUCCUUUCCAUACAACCAAUUGAAAGACCAUUAUAUAAAGACUAUUAUGUACUCCAUGGGCUUAGGUGU